GGAGCCAUCGUUAGUUGUAAGUCAACCUCGCUCCUGACAGGCUGGCAGGCCAAUCGAAAGCGAAACCGUGUGCCCGAAACCAAAUUGCCAUAGCAGCCAAACUGCCGUGACAAUAGCGCAAAAAGAAAGGAUUCAUAAACAUUCACCUGCCAUUCACAUAGCUACACUAGUGCUGCCUUUACCUUGACUUGUGUGUCACACGUAAAUAGGAAUUUAACUCGAUUUUUAUUACAUUAGCGUGGCUCCGUGAUAGUGCUCGCUCGCCUGGUUGAUAGUCCUUCCAUCAGUCGUUGGUGAAUCGCAGACAUGGCGGACGAGGAGGCCGGCAAGGAGGGCGAGAAGAAAAUCGUGCACGUUUAUCCUCUGGUGAAGCACACCGACAUGAACGAGGAGAUGCGGAUAGAGGCCAUUGAACUGUCCAUUACCGCCUGCGAGAAAUACUCAUCGAACUACGAGCACGCUGCCAGAAUCAUCAAGGAGAACAUGGACAAGAAGUUCGGCAUCUACUGGCAUGUGGUCGUGGGCGAAGGGUUCGGCUUCGAGGUCUCCUACGAGACGGAGAACAUUCUCUAUUUGUUCUUCGCCGGCAACCUGGCCAUCGUGCUGUGGAAGUGCUCCUGAAUGCGGGUCAGCAGUUACACUAACGUACCUAGAAACCGGAACUGGAACCAAAACCGAACCAAACAAAAAUUUAGCAUUAAUUUAGUCAUACAAACAGAACACUCACCGUAGUUAACGAAUGUUAUGAAUAUUAAGCCUAGUAUCGGCGGCGGAGUAAUAAAUACCCUGGCAACCAUGUGACUUGUUGGGAAAAGAA